CUGUUUGCGGGCGCAUAUAAGAACAAUUGAACCCUCCCAAGAGACGGGAAGACGUGCGCUCCGUCGCAAGAGCGGGCACGCAGCGCCGAAACCCGCAUCGAAGCACUCAGCAGCUGCGCGCGCACGACGCGAGAGAGAUUCUCUCUCAAGAGCCUCGUGAAGCCGCAUCACCACCACCACCUUUGCGACGCGCCGCCCGCCCGCCUGUAGGGAAGCCAUCUUAUAUCAUUCAUCAUGGCCGUCCCGCCGGCAUAUCUAGAGUCCCUGCCCUACAUCGACCCCGAGCCCUCCCCCGAGGCCCUCGCCGCCGCCCGCGCCCUCAUCUCCGCCGAGCAAUCCUCCUCACAACCGCCUUCCUCCCUCCCGCCCCUCCGCGAACCCUCCUUCUCCCCCGCCCUCACCACCGAGCUCUCCCGCAUCGCCUCCUCCACGCCCCUCCAGCCGCUCUCCCUCUCCCGCUACGAAGCGCAGGAGCUGCCACCCGCUCCGUCUACCGCCACCUCCAAGGCUAAGACGACACGGCGCUCCCGUCGCGGUUCCGCAUCCUCCUCUUCCGCCGCCGCCGCCGCCGCCACAUCCUCCUACGUUAACGAUGACCUCCGCCCUGUCCUCUCCAACGCCUACGUCUCCGCCGCCUACCUCGCCGCUCGCAACCAGAACCUCGCUCUCCUCGACCGCCACGGCGCAAACGCCUGGCUCCUCUCAAACUACCACCUCGAGGAGUCCCUCCGCGCCGUCGAGCGCGACCUCGCCGCCGUCAAGCGAGACAUCGACCUCGUCAACGCCGCCAGGCAGCGCCGCCAGGAGGACGUCCGCGCCGAGAUGCUCAUGCUCGACGAGUCAUGGCGCAAUGGCGUCGGCAAGGUCCUCGAGACCGAGGUCGCCGUCGAGGAGCUCAAGGCGCAGGUUCGCGAGGAGCUCAAGAACCAGAGCGCCCGGCAACACUCAUGAGUGCGGCGUGAGAGGUGGCGAACACGACGUGAGCAUAGUAGAAUAGGGCCACGAGCCACGCAAGUAGGUAGAUGCCAGGGUCUCGGAGUCGGCAGUCACAAUGCACUACAUGGAAGACAUGACGUUUGUUGUUGGAGUCUUCAUUAUCCGGAACACGUCCUGUCAAGACUUCUCGGCCCUGUACCUGCUUCACAACCCAAUGAGCAAUCCCAGAAUCGGCAUAACAGUUACAAGGUAUAUGCUAGUAGCCAUGUUUCUCUGUCUCUCUCCCAGGAAAGCGAG